UUAUAGGCGUUCACUGAAUAUACUUAAAAAGUGCACCUACCCUGCGCAUACAGCGUAUGCACAGCAUUCGUAAACCUUAACUUCAAAAAAGAUCUACAAUGGAUUUCAAAUCAGUAAUUUUUCUACUGAACAAACAGUUAUAAAUAGAUCGAGUCAAUAGAAAUUGUUACAUUAAACCAAGAAGAUGCUUUAUUUCAUCACUGAUUCAUUCCGCCACGCCUGAGAUUUAGAAGGGCGAAGCUUACAGUAACGAUGAAAAGAAAGAAAUUACUAUUGUUACGACAAAGUUACUUUCGCUACGAAACUGACAAGUACUGAACGAAGAAAAGAUGACGGUCUCGUACCAGUAUCAAGUCGCAAACUCCACCAGAGGUGGAUUCACCAGGCUUCUUUUUAUGUGGAAAGGCUCACUCUACAAACUUAUCUAUAGAGAACUGUUCUUAUUUCUAAUCCUCUUUGCUGCACUCUCCACUAUUUACCGUCACGUACUUAGUUCUGCGCAGAAAAAAGAUUUCGAACAGGUUGUUAUUUACUGCGAUAAUUUUAUAAAUUUAAUUCCAUUAAGUUUCGUUCUUGGAUUUUAUGUGUCUUACGUUGCUCAAAGGUGGUGGCAACAAUAUCAAGCUAUACCUUGGCCUGAUAAGGUGAUGCAUUUAAUUGCGUUAUAUCUUACCGGAAACGAUGAGUACGGUCGUAUGAUUCGAAGAAAUCUGAUGCGCUACUUAAAUCUUUCCUUAAUACUUGUAUUACGUUCGAUCAGUUCAGCUGUGAAAAAACGUUUCCCAACACUCGAUCACGUUGUUGAUUCUGGUUUUAUGACAUCAUUAGAGUUGGAAUUGUUUUUGGCAGUACCAAGUUUAGAAUUCAAUACAUAUUGGAUACCAUGCACAUGGUUCAUCAAUCUUCUAAAAGAAGCACGCCAAUAUCACAGAAUUCCCGAUCCUCAGGGAUUAAAAUUAAUUAUGGAGGAAUUUAACGAAUUUCGCACAAAAUGUGGUCUCUUAUGGAGCUACGAUUGGAUAUCAAUUCCAUUAGUUUACACGCAAGUGGUAACACUAGCAACAUACAGUUUCUUUGCCGUGGCUUUAAUGGCUCGCCAAUACAUCGACGGCACUGAAAAACAAUUCCAGCUACAAAUUGACGUUUACGUACCUGUUUUUACGAUCUUGCAAUUCUUCUUUUUCAUGGGUUUGUUAAAGGUAGCAGAACAAUUAAUUAAUCCUUUUGGCGAUGAUGAUGAGGAUUUUGAAUUAAAUUGGAUAAUUGAUCGCCAUACAAAGGUAUCAUAUCUUGGAGUUGAUACCCUUAUGAAUCGAUGUCCACCGUUGGUCAAAGACAUUUACUUUGACGCUGAGAAUCUAAUUUUGCCGUACACAGAAGCAGCAGCGGCUUAUAAAAAGAAAACGUAUCGUGGAAGUGUGGCAAAUAUGACAGUUCCUGAGGAACAGCAAACUAUGUUCCUACCAGAUGUUAUGGAAGAGGAUGAAGAAGACAUAAAACCCUCACUGCACACAUCAACCAUGAGUUUAGCUACUCAUAACAAUGAUAGCCCGCUGUGUGAAAGGCGCCAGAUCAACUCAUGCCCUGAAACAUCUACGAUCACUGAUCAAGCUUAUUCGGAGACAAUUUUACAAUUUGAUAUUCAAGAACCUGAAACCGACCAAACAGUACAACGACCAAAAAUCAUAACGGAGGCUGUGAAAAGAAUUUCAUCUCUAGGAAGGCAUUCGGUGCCACGAGUCGAUUCAGCUCGGAAACCAUUUUUCACGCUAACAAAAAGCCCUAAGAUAGUUCUACAAACUUCGUCGAGUACGUCCAGUUUAUCGCAACCUGUGAGACAAAUUGUCGAUACACCUACAGUAUACACUGGUAAUAUAAAUCCAUGGAAAGAGUAUAGUACAAGACUUAUGCGUCGACAUUCGGUUGAAACGUGUAGUUCAGAACAUUCUCCAGAAAUUGAGGGACAAUACGAUUUCGAAAGUGUACACCCAUCCGAUGUAAAUCCACAAGACAGUCCAUAUUCGGAUACGUGCCAGUCACAAUGCCGACACUCGCCCAUGUGUCACUUAUCACUGCCAAAAAUAUAUACACCAGCUCCGACAGAAACAACAAUACCAAAAAGUAGAAGUCCCAAGUUUCUUGUUAGAAGACAUAAAUCAAUGGGACUGACUAAAAAGAAAGGGAUUCAAUGGAAACAGCUUAUGAGAACUAGUAAGAAAAGAACAACGGAUGAUAUAUUAACCGCUGAAGAAGUAUUGCCUUGUACGAGAAGCUCACCAAAUUUGAAACUAGCGGAAAUUCCACAGGUUCCAAAGAAAAACACAUUAGAUGAUGAUACAAGCUCCCUUCACAAAGAAGAAUAA